CCGCUCUUUCCUUCCACUAUCUAUUCACGGACCCGGCGUGUUCUCCAGCUACGUCACUGGAGAUCGUCUUGGCCUCGAUGUUGUUGCGGCUGUUGCUGUUGCUGUUGUCAUCAUCAUCCUCUUACGUGCGUGAAUGCGUGCCCGAGUGAGAGCGAGCGGUCACUGGCUCUGAGCGCCGCCGUCCCGGGAUUUGAAAGCCGGGGAGAACCGCGCCAGUGCGCAGGGGAUUUUUCCCCGCUUGGUUCGUUCGAGGCUCCAGGAAUGAAGGACGGAAGGUGGCCAGGAUGGAACGAGUGGGAAGCCAAGGCUGCUGCUGACAAAGGACAAGCGAAAACGGUGGAACGAACAGCCUCCUCACUCUCGAGACGGAGUGGUGGUGAAGUGUCGUUCGUUGUUCCACAUUGAACUGUGUGCUUCGUCCUCUUGGAACUGGUGUCCAUUCAGUUCGGAAACAAAAUUGUCCUGAGUUUUAGUGGACACAGACUCCCGAGUGAAAUGUAGAACACCACUCAAUGACAACUUGGUUCACGAAUCUUACCAAUCGUACCAAUCCAAACCUGCACCCUUGACCGUUCUCUUCUUCAUCUUCUUCUUCUUACACUUCCCACAACGGAUUGUCUCGCUUUCGAAUGAGUGGAACGUGACGACUGGAGCAAGGUGGAAGUACCCAUGUUUUGUGCUUCUCGGUUGUGAAGUUCCAAUGGAUGUCAUGCAAAUCACCAAGAGACUUGGAUUGAGUUGAGACACAUUCUCCGCUCCUUUUGGACCACUCUGUCUGUUGGAUAAGCAUCGUUGCGGUCUCAAUAAUGAAGGAGAACAUGAGUGACGAUCUCUUGAACAAAUCACUGCAGCCAUCGUUAGGGGAUUCUCUGGACUGUGAUAUCCCGACAACUCAUUCGCCUGAUCUGGUCACACUGAAUAACCCACCGGGACCAAAUCACCACCACCCCACACAUUAUGCAAAUAAUCAUAUUAAUGUGGGUAUGAGUCUGAAUUCCAAUUGCUGUCAGAGCAAUGGUAAUCCCAAAAAUGCUCGGAUUUGGGUUCGGUUCAGUUUUCGUCAACUGUGCCAAAUUUGCUUGGCCAUGCCCUUGGUUGGGCUCGUGGUUUGUCUUCUCAUCGCUGUGAUAUUCCAAUUUGAACACAUCCAAGAGACCGCCUGCAAGGUGUUCAAUGUGGUUCCCUCCAUAUCUGCCAUAACAGGCAUCUCUCCGGGGCGUUACCUGUGGCGUAUAGUCAUCGCCUUCCACAUUGGCCCUCGGUUGUUAAUAGCCUACACAUAUUUCCAGUUCCUCCAGGGACUGGUGAUCUCAUUUCAGUCCCAGAAAGAGAAUUACAAAACCAGUAGUGGAACCUUGUCGCCAUCGCCGUCGUCGUCGUCGUCUUCCUCCAUUGACGGGUCUUGGGGUCGAGGUCGGAUUCUUUCCAAAUUGGUUCGAGGCGUAUUCUAUGCUCAGCUUGUGGAAAUGGUUGGGCUCUGUGGGAUAUCCUUUAUUCAUAAUAGAGAACACUACCCCUUCAGUAUAUUUGCCUUUGUUGAAUAUUUCGUGGCUGCCGCCAACAUGGCCUUUUAUUGGACAAUCGUGGACGAUCUACCCAACGAAGAGGUCACGGUUGGUCGACCAUCCUCAACAACCUCCAUGUCCAAUGGGAGCAACCAUCUCGAUGGAGGAGAUCCGAUCACUAAGAAAGACAACUGACAAUCUCAAUUGAAUUGCAUUGUUCCUGUUUUGACUGAUUGAUCUGCUGUUCUGUCAUCCGCAUCACCUCGUACUCAUCUGAAAAGCAAAGCACCCUUACUUGUGGUAAAGAUACCCAAGCAGUAAACCACUACUAGGCAAACAUGUCCUAAGGCAUCAGAUUUAUCAAAUCAAUUUCGGAGGUUGCGUGAAAAAGGAUCCCCAAAUCCAAUAAAGAACCCAAUGGUACACUCAAGGUGCUACUCAAGGAAAUGAGUGAAACAAUAUCAGAGCGAAAUCAAGUAAUUCACGAGGACUUCAAACUCCCAUUCCCCUCAUUCUCAUUUUAGCACUUGAACUAUUGUUACAAUUAAUUAGAGCAGUUGAUCAUAUUCUUCAUAUGUUAUAGAUCAGUACAAAGAAAAACAACCUUUCCAAACUAUUGAGACCCAUUCUCCGUUCUAGCUUGAUCUAGUCAGUAAUAUUCUAGCAUACCACUCCCACAUCCCCUCACAAUACCCACCAAAGAGUUCUAGAGAUCUCUAUUUAUUCUUAUUAUCAAGCUCAAGCCGACUUUGAGAUCGAGAAUAAACUCCAUUCACAAACCAAAAAAGCGCAGAAUGUCAAUUGUCUGGUUUAAUGGGGUUUAUUUUAAUACACAUAGAAAACUCAUUAUGAUUACCACAUCGAAUCUAAUGGGUUUUUUUGUUGACAGGGGCUCGCUAUCUACUCUAUAUUAUUCAAUGCUUCAUGACCAAGCAUGGUUCAAAUCGUUUACCAAUCUAAUUUGGAAGGGUCAAAAAGUCAUUGCUUGCUUCUCUUUAAAAUUUUAAAUCAUAAUUGAUUUGCGCUCAAUUCACGGUUCAGAGUGAUAGAUAGUCUAAUUAGCAAUAUCUAAUAGAUCAUGAUCAGAAUAAAUAAAGUUGGACAGAAAUAUGUUUCAAUAAUGAGACACAUGCGAUUGACCAAAGGCAUGCCUCCAAAGUAAGGUAAACCACGUUCCUAUGGCAACUGGUUUGAACAAUCCAAUCAAAAGUGGGUGUGCGCGUUUGUGUUAGAAACAAACGAUGCCGACGAGUUUUAUUACACAUAUGUACUGUUUGACGUCAACGAGAACGGCUUCUUCCAUCUAGUUUUUUGCUCCAUUAUGACUUAGAGUGUUGGUAUCCACAACAAUGACCUCGGGAACUUCUACGGAGGAGCCAUUGAUGGAUCCAGAGGGUGACUCCAUUCCAGACAUGUUUGUCACGUCGUCAUCUCGUUCCUCCU